UCGCGCGACGCGACUCGACGCGACGCGACCGCUUCGCGCGACGACGCGCGCGACGCAUCGCAUCCUCGCGCGCCUCGCACGCCGAAGCGCGACGACGACGCGCGCGACGACGCACGAACGAAAACGCGCGCGAACGAUGGCGUCCGCGGCGCUGCGCGUGAAGCGACUGAGCGACGACGCGACGAUGCCGACGCGAGGGAGCGAAGGCGCGGCGGGAUACGAUCUGGCGAGCGCGCACGAUUGCGUCGUGCCGGCGCGUGGGAAAGAAUUGGUGAAGACAGACCUGUCGAUCGCGAUUCCGCUCGGGACGUACGCGCGCGUCGCCCCGCGAUCGGGCUUGGCGUGGAAAAAGUUCAUCGACGUCGGCGCGGGGGUGGUGGAUUACGACUACCGCGGCAACGUCGGGGUGAUUUUGUUCAACCACGGCGACGAAGACUUCGAGGUGAAGAAGGGCGAUCGCGUGGCGCAGUUGAUCCUCGAACAAAUUCUCACGCCGGAAGUCGUCGAAUGCGACGACUUGGACGACACGGCGCGCGGCGCCGGCGGAUUCGGUUCCACGGGCGUCGCCAAGGACGCCGCGCCGUCCGCGGACGCGAGCGCGUGAUUUCUCGCCCGCAUCGCGACGCGCGUUGACAUGAAAUACGAAUGAAAAAAUUUAAAGUU